ACGGCCGGACGUCGAAAGGGUUUGUUCCACUUGGCUCCCAUCAGCAAUCUCUCGCUCUCGCUCUCGCUCUCGCUCUCUCUCUCUCUCUCUGCAUAAAUAAUGGAAAAAAAGACUGAUAAAGACAGCUCCUGCGACAUUGCGCUCGUGAAACUUCUCUCGGGGCCAGCCGGAAGCUCACGCAGACGCAGACUGCCCUGGUACUAUGCGCCCUCCUUUCUGCUCCUUUGGGUGGCGCUCUUCUAUGCCAUUGUGAUCCCGCUCUACAACCGACUGCCAGACAGAGUGACUGUGGCCGACGAGGCCGACAAGCCCGGACAGUUUGUGGCGGAGCGAGCCCAGCGGCAGCUGCUCGACUUCGAUCGCAUCGGACCCAAGGUCGUCGGCAGCAUUGCCAAUGAGGUGACAACGGUCGCCUUUCUGGUGAACGAAGCGGAAAAGAUUCGUGCCGAAAUGCGCAGCGAUCUGUACGAGCUGGAGGUGGAUGUCCAAUCGCCGUCGGGCGGCUACGUAUUCGUCGACAUGGUGAACAUGUAUCAGGGCAUCCAGAAUGUGGUCGUGAAGCUGAGCGCCAAGAGCUCCCCGAGCGAAUCCUAUCUCCUGCUCAACAGUCACUUCGACUCGAAGCCAAGCAGUCCGGGUUCCGGCGACGAUGGCACCAUGGUGGUGGUCAUGCUGGAGGUGCUGCGCCAAAUGGCCAUAUCGGAGACGCCCUUCGAACAUCCCAUUGUAUUCCUGUUCAACGGCGCCGAGGAGAAUCCCCUGCAGGGCUCUCACGGCUUCAUCACCUAUCACGAGUGGGCCAAGAACGUCAAGGCAUUCAUCAACCUGGAAGUGGGCGGCAGUGGGGGGCGUGAUCUGCUGUUCCAGAGCGGACCCAACCACCCGUGGCUGAUGAAGUACUACAGGCAGCAUGCCUUGCACCCCUUUGCCACCACCAUGGCUGAGGAGAUCUUCCAGAGUGGAAUUUUGCCCUCUGAUUCAGAUUUUCGAAUUUUCCGGGACUUUGGAGGUGUUCCCGGCCUCGACAUUGCCCAAGUGGACAACGGAUACGUGUACCACACCGUCUUCGACACCUUCGAGGCCGUUCCCGGACGCUCUGUGCAGAACACCGGCGAAAACAUCCUAGCCCUGGUGCGCGCCUUCACCAAUGCCACCGAGAUGAACAACCCAGAGGAAUACGAGGAGGGACAUGCCGUCUUCUUUGACUUUUUGGGUCUCUUUUUUGUGUAUUACACCGAGACCACUGGCAUAAUCCUGAACUGCGUCAUUGCCGUGAUCAGCCUGCUGCUGGUGGGAGUUUCCCUGUGGAGAAUGGCCCGCGUGUCUGAGGUGACAGCUGGUCAGAUAUCCAUUUGGUUCGGCAUCAUUCUGGGGCUCCAUGUGGUGGGUUUCGCGCUCUGCCUGGGCCUGCCCCUGCUCAUGGCCGUGCUGUUCGAUGCCGGGGAUCGGUCGUUGACGUACUUCAGCAACAACUGGCUGGUGAUUGGCCUCUACGUGUGCCCGGCAGUCAUUGGUCUGGUGCUCCCCCUCACCCUCUACUACACACUCAAGCCAAAUGGACAGUUGAGCCACGCCUACCAUCUGCACAUCAGUUUGCACGCUCAUUGCGUGAUCCUGGCCUUCUUGGCCAUCAUCCUGACCGCCGUUAGCCUGCGCACUCCGUACCUGUGCAUGAUGUCGAUGAUGUUCUACUCGGCCGCGCUGCUGGUGAACCUGUUGAGUACUCUGCAUGAGCGUGGCUACUACUGGGCCAUUACCGUGCAGAGUCUGCAGCUGCUGCCGUUCUGCUACUUGUGCUAUCUGUUCUACACCUUCCUGGUGAUAUUCUUUCCUGUUUUGGGCCGCAAUAACAGCGGCACCAAUCCCGAUCUGAUCAUCGCCCUUUUCUGUGCGCUGUGCACCUUCUUUGCCCUGGGCUUUGUGGUACAAUUGAUCAACAUGUUCCGCUGGCCCAAGCUCAUAUUGCUCGGCCUGGGCGUGGUCACCUUCAUAUUCUGCAUGAUCGCUGUCUCGGAUGUUGGGUUUCCCUACCGCCCCAAGACCAAUGUGAUGCGGGUGAACUUCCUGCACACACGCCGCAUCUUCUAUGAGUUCGAUGGCUCCGUGAGUCACAGCGAUUCUGGCUAUUACUUCGACUAUCAGGACCGGCGAGAGCUGACUCCGCUGAAGGACUCCACCGUCAAUCUAACCGGUCUGGCCCGCGUGGAGCCCGACUGCGACAAGUACGUGAUGUGCGGCAUCCCGUGCUUCUACUACAGCUGGUGCAGUCAGCGCACGCGGGCGGGCUGGCUGCCCCGCGAGACGGAAGUGGUUAUGCCCGGGGUGGAGCUUAAGUUUGAGCUGCUGGGCAGGACGGUCUCAGAGUCGGGCCGAACGGUGCGUUUCGACUACGAACUGUCGGGGCCGCCACACAUGAAUGUGUUUGUCCAGCCGCUGGGCGGGGCAAAGGUUGAGGACUGGUCCUUUGUCCGAACGAUGCUGGACGAACCGGAAGAGUUCUCGGCACCGUACCAGAUAUUCUUCUCCUACGGAAAGGACGACACGCCAUUGAAAUUUUACAUCGAAUUAUCGAAAUCCGAUGGAGAUUUUGAUGGUCCCACCCUCGAGCUGGGGAUUGUGGGUCACUACGUGAGCUACGAUUAUGCGAGGGAUGCAGAGGCUUCGCAGUUCAUCAAAGACUUUCCCGACUAUGUCCAUGUCAUGGAGUGGCCAUCGAUAUUUAAGCGUUAUAUAUACUAGAAUUACUAUAGCUAUAAGUGAGCCCAUACCC